AUGGUGGCGGUGGACGGGAGGCCGAGGUGCGGCCCCGGGAGGUGGGUGGCGGGUCCCCGCGGCGGCGCCCCUGCUCCUUUGUUCGGCGGCGGCAGCCCGCAGGCGCCCUCCGCAGCGCUCCACCAAAAUGUUUUUAAAAUCAUUUCAGUUAACAGAUUUAAACAGAACUUCUGUGCUGUAAGCUAUUUUAACAAAGGAAAAAUAAUUUCCCGGGAGAAGCGGCGUCGGCGGCUGGAGCAGAGGCAGCAACCCGACGAGCAGCAGAGGCGGUCCGGAGCGACGGUGAAGAUGGCGGCGGCGGGCGGCGGAGGCGGCAGUGGCCGCUACCAGGGCGGCGGCAGUGAGGGCGGCCCGACCACUAAGCGGCUCAAGACUGGCAACGCCGGCGACCAGCACGGAGGCGGUGGCGGUGGCGGUGGCGGAGGCGGUGGCGGUGGCGGUGGCGGUGGAGGAGGCGGGGUGGCGGGAGGCAGCGGGAAGAACUACGAUGACCCGCACAAAACCCCUGCCUCCCCAGUUUUCCACAUCAGGGGCCUGAUUGAGGGUGUGGUGGAAGCUGACCUUGUGGAGGCCUUGCAGGAGUUUGGACCCAUCAGCUCUGUGGUGGUAAUGCCUAAAAAGAGACAAGCACUGGUGGAGUUUGAAGAUGUGUUGGGGGCUUGCAACGCAGUGAGCUACGCAGCCGACAACCAAAUAUGCAUUGCCGAUCACCCAGCUUUUGUCAACUACUCUACCAUCCAGAAGAUCUCCCGCCCCGGGGACUCGGAUGACUCCCGGAGUGUGAACAGUGUGCUUCUCUUUACCAUCCUGAACCCCAUUUAUUCGAUCACCACGGAUGUUCUUUACACUAUCUGUAAUCCUUGUGGCCCUGUCCAGAGAAUUGUCAUUUUCAGGAAGAAUGGAGUUCAGGCGAUGGUGGAAUUCGACUCUGUUCAAAGUGCCCAGUGGGCCAAGGCCUCUCUCAAUGGGGCUGAUAUCUAUUCUGGCUGUUGUGCUCUGAAGAUGGAAUACGCAAAGCCUACACGCUUGAAUGUGUUCAAGAGUGAUCAGGAUACUUGGGACUACACAAACCCCAAUCUCAGUGGACAAGGUGACCCUGGCAGCAACCCCAAGAAACGCCAGAGGCAGCCCCCUCUCCUGGGAGAUCACCCAGCAGAAUAUGGAGGGCCCCACGGUGGAUACCACAGCCAUUACCAUGAUGAGGGCUACGGCCCCCCCCCUCACUACGAAGGGAGAAGGAUGGGUCCACCAGUGGGGGGUCACCGUCGGGGCCCAAGUCGCUACGGCCCCCAGUAUGGGCACCCCCCACCCCCUCCCCCACCACCCGAGGAUGGCCCUCACGCCCACAGCCCUGUGCUUGUGGUCUAUGGCUUGGAUCAAUCUAAGAUGAACUGUAACCGAGUCUUCAAUGUCUUCUGCUUGUAUGGCAAUGUGGAGAAGGUGAAAUUCAUGAAAAGCAAGCCGGGGGCCGCCAUGAUGGAGAUGGCUGAUGGCUACGCUGUGGACCGGGCCAUUACCCACCUCAACAACAACUUCAUGUUUGGGCAGAAGCUGAAUGUCCGUGUCUCCAAGCAGCCAGCCAUCAUGCCCGGUCAGUCAUACGGGUUGGAAGACGGGUCUUGCAGUUACAAAGACUUCAGUGAAUCCCAGAACAAUCGGUUCUCCACCCCAGAGCAGGCAGCCAAGAACCGCAUCCAGCACCCCAGCAACGUGCUGCAUUUCUUCAACACCCCGCUGGAGGUGACUGAGGAGAACUUCUUUGAGAUCUGCGAUGAGCUUGGAGUGAAACGGCCACCUUCUGUGAAAGUAUUCUGCAAAAGUGAGCGCAGCUCCUCUGGACUGCUGGAGUGGGAAUCCAAGAGCGAUGCCCCGGAGACUCUGGGCUUCCUGAACCAUUACCAGAUGAAACCCAAUGGUCCAUACCCCUACACUCUGAAGUUGUGUUUCUCCACCGCUCAGAACGCCUCCUAAUUAGGUGCCUAGGAAGAGUGCCAUCUAAGCAGGAAGACAUUUCUCUGUCCUUUAUGCCAUUUUUUGUUUUUUGUUUUUGUUAUUUGCAAAAGAUCUUGUAUUCCCUUUUUUUUUUUUU